GUGUGCGCGCGGCGGAGACACGGACGGACGUACCUGGAUAAAGGAGCCCGGGACGCCGCCGACCGCCGGGGAAAAGUCAGCGGUGUCACCCGGAGACAAGAGAACACGGUCACUUUUAUCUGUGCGGCAGAAAGAAACGCCAUUUGAAUUGAGUUUUGAAGAAGAACCGGGAGGAUUUGGCAGAGUUGGACGCGCGCGGCUCGUGAGUGGGACCGUGGCGGAUGUAAGAUGACAUCGGUAAGGGAGGAUUAAUCAGCGGGGAUGUUGAGAAAAUGAUGAGAACAAUAUCCACACUGUAAGGAGUCACUUCGGGACCGACAGGAAUGGCUUGAUUUGUUUGUUUUCAUUUUUCUUCCAUGCUCGGCGGGACCGUCCAGCCAGAGGCUCUCAUGCUCCAGUGCAAGAGAGAGAAAGUUUGCUGCGCGUCGCUCGGAUCCAAGUUGUGAGACGCACCGCUGCCCGUGACCCGGCUUCGAAACUGUUAAACGAUGUCCAAACCCGCGCUGAAGAAGAACCACUGGACCUCCAGGGUGAGCGAGUGCUCCGUCGCCAAAGAUGCCCGCGGUGACUUGAGCGUGCCACUGCGCGGCGGCGCGGAGAACGGAGAGUUCGCCUACAUCGGGCCACUUUACGCGGAUCCGCUGAUUUACCAAAGUGGAACAUUAAACGAAGGGGAGCUGCUGCUGGAGGUGGAGAACCUCUCCAUCUCGGGAUUACCCUUAUACGACGUACAGACCGUGAUCAAGAACUGCAGAGGACCCGUCAGGUUGAAAACUGUCAGGCAAGGAAGCAAGCUGAACAAGGACCUGAAGCAUUAUUUGAGCCAGCGCUUCCAGAAGUCGUCGCCCGACCACGAGCUGCAGCAGACCAUCCGAGACAACCUUUACCGCCACGCCGUGCCUUGUACAACCCGCGCCCCACGUGAAGGAGAAGUUCCUGGCGUGGAUUAUAAUUUCCUCUCAGUAGAGGACUUCUUGGAGUUGGAGAAGAGUGGGACCUUAUUGGAAAUCGGAACAUAUGAAGGUAACUAUUAUGGGACGCCCAAGCCGCCCGUGCAGCCCCCCAGUGGGAAAGUGAUCAGCAGCGGCGGUAGCGGCGGUGAUGCCCCAGUGCCGGACGGGCUCAGCAGUAGCCUGCCGGGCUCGCAGCACUCCACUCCUCGACGCAGCAAGUCCUACCAUGACAUGCACAAUGCUGGAAUAGGGCCUGGAGAGCCGCCGCCGGAGGACGACGACGACCUCCCUGACAUGAACAGCAGCUUCACAGGAGACUCUAGCGAAUUAGACGAGCUUCAUCACUCAGUGCGGCCCUUCGCCCCCCGCCACAGCGACCCGUCCUACGCCGGGACGACCCCCUCACCAACGGCCACCACGGAGAGCACACAGCAAACACACUCUCACCUGAGCCAUCCUCCCGAGGAGGACCCGCUGGGACCUCUGCCGGACAACUGGGAGAUGGCCUACACCGAGAACGGAGAGGUCUACUUUAUAGACCACAACACAAAGACCACCUCGUGGAUAGACCCUCGGUGCCUGGACAAACCUCAGAAACCCCUGGAAGAAUGUGAAGACGACGAAGGGGUACACACAGAGGAGCUGGACAAUGACCUCGAACUCCCCCCUGGAUGGGAGAAAAUAGACGAUCCAGUCUACGGGGUCUACUAUGUUGAUCACAUCAACAGGAAGACCCAGUAUGAGAAUCCCGUGCUGGAGGCCAAGAGGCGCCGGCAGCUGGAGCAGCAGCCGCCGCCUCAGCAGCCUCAGCCCCAGAGCCAGCAGCCACCUGAAGGUGAGCGCUACAUCCGAGAAUGGAUCGAGGAUUCCACGCUGGCCGGCGCCCCGUUGGCCAGCUACGCCGCCAACCACCAGGAGACCUACAGGGACCCCCAGACUGGCCCCCCGGUCACCAACGCCAUGGGACAGAAGAGAGGAAAGCCUUUCUUCACUCGGAACCGGUCCGAGCUGAAGGGAACCUUCAUCAACACCAAACUGAAGAAGAGUCGCCGCGGCUUCGGCUUCACCGUCGUCGGAGGAGACGAGCCGGACGAGUUCCUGCAGAUUAAGAGCCUUGUCCUGGACGGACCCGCAGCCCUCGACGGCAAGAUGGAGACAGGCGACGUGAUCGUGAGCGUUAACGACACCUGCGUCCUCGGGUACACCCACGCCCAAGUGGUGAAGAUCUUCCAGUCCAUCCCCAUCGGCUCCAUGGUCAACCUGGAGCUGUGCCGAGGCUACCCGCUGCCCUUCGACCCCGACGACCCCAACACCAGCCUGGUUACCUCAGUGGCUAUCCUCGACAACAAGGACCCCAUCAUCGUCAACGGCCAGGAGGUGUCCAACAGCUACGACUCGCCGUCCAGCCACGGCAGCCAGAGCAACGGCAACGGGCCCGCCAACGGCCCGCCGCCGCUCAACGGCCUCCCCCGACCUCACAGCCCCUCCGUGGAGGUGGCCUCCGAUACCUCCUCCCAGCAGGGCUACCCCAGCGACGUGGUCACCCUGGCCUCGUCCAUCGCCACGCAGCCGGAGCUCAUCACCGUGCACAUGGAGAAGGGAGACAAGGGCUUCGGCUUCACCAUCGCCGACAGCCCCGGCGGCGGCGGGCAGCGGGUGAAGCAGAUCGUGGACUACCCGCGCUGCCGCGGCCUCCGGGAGGGCGACAUCAUCGUGGAGGUCAACAAGAGGAACGUGCAGAGCAUGUCCCACAACCAGGUGGUCGACCUGCUCAGCAAGUGUCCCAAAGGCAGCGAGGUCACCAUGCUGGUGCAGAGAGGAGUGGCACCUGCAAAGAAGAGCCCAAAACUGGACCGUUUUGAUCUGGCGCCUCCGUACAGAGAUUACGUUAGGCAGUUGUCGAGGAAGGACAGCCAGAACAGCUCGCAGCACAGCGUCUCCAGCCACCGGAGCGCCCACACCGACUCGCCCGUGCACGCGUCCCUGGCGCCCCCGCUCAACGAGAGCGGCGCCCCCCCGGCCCCCUCGCAGCCCCUGCCAGGCCUGCCGCCCCAGGACUCCCCGGCGGACGGGACCAUCCAGAGGAAACCGGACCCCUUUAAGAUCUGGGCCCAGUCCAGGAGCAUGUAUGAAAGUAGGCUUCCAGACUUCCAGGAGCAGGACAUCUUCCUGUGGAGGAAGGACACGGGCUUCGGCUUCAGGAUCCUCGGAGGCAACGAGCCCGGCGAGCCCAUCUACAUCGGCCACAUAGUGAAGUACGGCGCCGCGGACGAGGACGGCCGCCUGCGGUCCGGGGAUGAGCUGAUCUGCGUGGACGGCACGGCCGUGGUGGGCAAGUCGCACCAGCUGGUGGUGCAGCUGAUGCAGCAGGCGGCCAAGCAGGGCCACGUCAACCUCACCGUCCGCCGCAAAACCAGCUACGCCGUGAAGGCGGAGGGCGACGUGCCCCCGUCGCCGGCGUCCUCGCACCACAGCAGCACCCAGGCGCCCAGCCUGACGGAGGACAUCGGGAAGCGGACCCCGCAGGGCAGCCAGAACUCCCUCAACACCGUCAGCUCGGGCAGCGGCUCCACCUCCGGCAUCGGCAGCGGGGGAGGGGGCGGCGGGGCGGGCGGCAGCGGCAACGCCGUGGUGGCCGCGGCCGCCACCACCACGUCCUCCCAGCCCCCCAGCGCCGUCCCCGCCGUGUCCUCCUCCUCCUCCUCCUCCGCGCUGCAGCCCUACGACGUGGAGAUCCGCCGCGGCGAGAACGAGGGCUUCGGCUUCGUCAUCGUGUCGUCCGUGUCGCGGCCCGAAGCCGGAACCACCUUCGCUGGAAAUGCAUGUGUGGCCAUGCCCCACAAAAUAGGGCGCAUCAUCGAGGGCAGCCCGGCGGACCGCUGCGGCAAGCUGAAGGUGGGCGACCGCAUCCUGGCCGUCAACGGCUGCUCCAUCACCAACAAGUCCCACUCGGACAUCGUCAACCUCAUCAAGGAGGCGGGGAACACGGUCACGCUACGGAUCAUUCCUGGAGACGAGUCGUCGAACGCGUCCCUGCUGACGAACGCAGAGAAGAUCGCCACCAUAACCACCACUCACACACCUCAGCAGCAGGCGGCGCCCGAGGCCAGGAUCAACACCAAACCAAAACAGGAGUCUUUUGAGUUCAAGCCCCCGCAGGGCCCCCCUCCGCAGCCCCCCACACAGACGCUGUCGGCUCAGGAUUCUGAGUUCUACUCGGUGGACCUGGAGCGAGACAACAAAGGAUUUGGCUUCAGCCUUCGGGGAGGCAGAGAGUACAACAUGGACCUGUACGUGCUGAGGCUAGCCGAGGACGGCGCGGCCGUGCGGAACGGGAAGAUGAGGGUCGGCGAUGAAAUCCUGGAGAUCAACGGCGAGAGCACCAAGGGCAUGAAGCACGCGCGGGCCAUCGAGCUGAUCAAGAACGGCGGGCGACACGCCCACCUGGUGCUCAAGAGGGGUGACGGCUCAGUGCCUGAAUAUGACGGCGGCCCCAGUGACAGCAUCACAGCCAGCUCAGCCCCAGGGCUACAAAACGCUGAGGAAGUGAGCCUCCUGAACCCAACCAACGCACCAUCAGAGUCCAGUUACCCACCAGAACCCCAACAACCAUCCCGGAGCAGGACGGAGGCGAGCCGCCCCUCCAACGACACAGGCAGGCACCACCAUUCCAACCACCGCCACCACUCCCCCAGCAAGAAAACCAGCACGGGAAAGUACAAGUUUAAAACGUCCAAGGGGAGGCUGGUCAGGAGGAAGGAUAAAACGGCAAGCGACGGCCACCGCCACCAUUCCAGCGGGCAACACCGGAGCCGCCAGCGUUCGCCCGAGAAGAGCAGCCGGUCACGCAGCGCAGAGAACACCCUGGACAGCCGACACAGGGGACACCACCGCGGCCGCUCGCCGGACAGGCGCCACGGUCACACCUCCUCCUCCAACCACCGCCACCGCUCGCCCUACCGCUCCCCUCACCGCCACCGCUCUCCCUACCGCUCGCCCCACCGCCACCGGUCGCCCCACCGCUCCCGCCACCACUCCCCCAGGCGCCACCACUCCUCCGACCCCUACCGCCGCCACCGCUCCCCGGAGCGGCCUGGCUACAGCAACGAGAAGCCCAACGGAGCGGAGGCCGUAUUGAAGGAGCCGGACCUGAACCUGCCUCCUGAACUCAGCCUCCCUCUGGAGGACAGCAUCCUGCGCGAGCCCCCGGCCCUGGACCGCCUCAACCGGGACGUGACGCUCCCGUCGCUGCGCAGGGAGGACCGCCCGUUCGGGGAGGACAGCCUGCUGAUGAAAGCCUCCACCUUGGAUAGAGCCUACAAGGGGGACGGCCUCCUGAGGGACGUGGCGUCGGGCGGCCAGAGGGACCUCUUCAGGGACGCCGCCCUCCCCAGAGUGCGUACCCCAGACUCGGAUUCAGCCUUCCAGAGGUACAGCUCCCUGCUGAGGGGGCGUUCGCCCGAGAGGAACGGACGCCACGGCAGCCGCGGCAACACCCCCGAGCCUCUGAACCGAGCCCGCAGCCUGGGGCGAGACAUCUCCCCGAUCCGGAGCUUCAGGAGGGACGACUCCGUGGACGAGGAGGACGACGACAACUUCGUGGCGGAGAAGGUGAGGGAGUACUACAGCACGAUGAAGAGCAACACCCGCCGCUCGUCGCAGCCCACGCUCCCCGAGCCCAGGGCCUACAGGGGCAAUCCCAAAGACCUGAGCAUCUGAUUGGACGGUCGUCGGCCAAUCACCCGCAAGACACCUCAAGUACUCACUCCCAUCAACAUGUGGUUCCACGAAACACACUCACUUAUGUACACACACACACACACA